AUGAGAAAAUUCAAACGAGUUAUUCAUAAACAAUUUGGUGGUGUGGGCAAUUUCUUUGCAAUGAUUAUUCUAGUCUCAAUUACUGUGAUUUUUAUAAAUACAUAUGUUCUUUCAAAACGAAAUCUAUCCGAUAAUCCAUCAGAUAAAAACUUCCGUAUACGUGACCAAAUAUAUAAUCAAAAUCAAACAGACGAAUAUCCUACUUUACAGCAACAAACAAAAUGGCCAUCAGUUGCAGAUGCUGGCUGUGAAAUUGAUGAAAAAUGUUCAUAUGAUUCUAUUCCAUAUAAAGUUAUUUCAGGAAUUGGAACAGAACAAUAUCCAAUUAUAUGUUUUAAUAAUAAAUUACUAGUUCAUAAAAAUAUAAAAGAUCUAAAAAUUGGUCGUGGAUCUAAUAUAGUAGUAGUUGAUGGUAAAACUUAUGAUGUUAAAUUCAUAGAAACAUUUGAUACAUAUCUAGAAGAAAAUUUCUUUUUAAGAACUCUACGAUUAAAGUUAAAUGAUGGUGAUAUUUUGAUUUUAGCUAGUUUUGAUGAAAUGGUUUAUGCAUUAAGAGAAGCAUCAUUAUCAUUAUUAGAAAACUAUGGUAGUCAAGUAAUAAAAAAGGUUAAAUAUCGAGAUUCAUUUGUUAUGAUUGGUCAAAAAGGACUGGCACGUGGAAAAGCUAUUGAAAUGCAUCAAUCAAAAGGUAAACGUGAAUUUGGUUCAGCUGCACAUAUUAGUGGUUGUGCUCAAUUUCCUUUGGGUCGAAUAACUCCACUUUCAUUUCCAAAUAUGGAAGUUAAUAAAGCAGGAAAAAUUGUUGUUAGUAAAACUGUUGAAAAUUGUGGUUUAUUUCAAACAUGUAAAGAAAAUGAAUUUGCCGUACAUGUUUAUACAGGAAAAGAUAAUAAUGAUGAACCAAAAAUAUGUGUUGAUGGAAAAUAUGUUAUUUCAAAAGGUAUUAAUGAUGCUGGUCGUGGUUUAAAUAUAGUUGUUGUUUCAAAUGGUAAAGAAAUUAUUCGAACAGGACAUUUUGAUACAUGGAAAGAUGAUAGUACAAAUUUAGAAAUCUUUCUUGAAAAUCUUGAAGAUAAUGUUAUUAUUAUUGCUGUUACAUUUGAUGAAGCAUCAUUAAAGCUUAGUCAGCACAGUAAAACUCUUUUUUUUGAUCUUGGAAGUGCAACUAUACAAAAUUUGAAAUAUCGUGAUGUUUGGGCACUUGUGGGACAAAAGGGCAUUAAAGGUUUUAGCCCUUAUGAAGAGAUUUCAUAUGCAGGAGUGGGAAGUACUUAUGCACCUCCAAUUGACAAACGAAUGUGUAUACCACAAACAUUAAAAGGUGUUCCAAUUCGACCUGAUCCAUUACCAUAUCGAAAUGAUAAACGACGUGAAUUUUGUUCACGUUAUGAUGGUUAUGGAGAUUUUUGUACUGGUACAAAUCUUGAUAAAAAUUUAGUUGCAAUUCCAUUAAUAAAUAAAACAUUAGAAGACAAUCCAAUUUAUUCAACACCAAUUUUAAUUAUUGCUGGUAUUUCACAUAAUUCUCUUCGAAUGUGUUUGGAAACAUUAUUAAUGCAACCAGGAAUUAAUGUUGAAAAUGUUAUUGUUGCUGUUGAUGAAAAAUUUACUGAACCACUUGCUUUAAUUGAUCUAUUUGGAUUUCGUGGUGAAAAAACAUCGAAUAGUUCGACAUAUAUUGAACAUUAUGAAAAAUCAUUGAAAAGAGUUUGGGAAAUAUAUUCGAAUAAAGAUAAAAUAAUUGUUAUUGAAGAAGAUCUUAUUUUAUCACCAGAUUUUCUUUAUACACUUGCAUUAUUAAGUGAAACAUUUCGAAAAGAUGAAACAAUUGGUGCAAUUCAAAUGUGGAAUCCGAAUUCUUAUGAUAUUAUUAAUGGUUCAGUCGAAUUAAUUUAUCGUGUUGAUCAAUUUUAUGGUUUAGGUUAUUUAUUAAGACGUUCAUUUUAUGAGAAAAAUAUGAAAGAUUCAUUUAAAGAUUGUUGUUCGAAACGAGUUUGGGAAAAAUGGACAUUUUCUGAUACACCAUCAUCAUCAUUUUUAAUGCCUGAUGUUUCAAGAGUAUUUCGACGACCUAUAGAUGGCAAUCGAAUUAAUACAAAACAUGUUGAAACACUUUUUAAUCGAAGACGAAGAACAUGUUUAAAUCCAUUUCCACCAUUAUCAAAUAUUGAUAUACUUCGAAAAGAUAAAUAUGAUGCACAAUUGACUAAAUCAGUAAAUUCUGCAACAUUAAUCAAAUCAUCGGAAGGAUGCGAGACAAUCAAUAAUAAUGUGUACAAUUUAAUACAAAGUCAAAAUACAUCUAAUACAUUUAAAUACGUCUAUCAUCAAGAAUCAUUAAAUGAUGUAGCAUCUCUUCUACCAAUUUUGUCUUGUUUUGAACUUUUUCCAUAUGAACCACUUGGCCUUUAUCAUGGUAUAUUACGUUUCAAUUCAAAUCAAUAUCAUUUUUAUCUUGUUGGAUCAAAAUCACCUCAUUAUGCAAAUGUUUAA